GUGUCGCCUGGCUGUGCCGUGCUGCUGGUUUCCAGCGACUUGGUGACGAUCGCCGACGUUGCAUUACGACAAAGACACGUCACUAGGAAUGAGAGUUGAUUGUGAGGAGUGGAGCGCAGGCUUCCCGAGCUCUGAUCAGCGCGUGCCAGGUCCUGGAGCGGCCGCCGGAAUCUAGGACUGCUUCCAACAUACAGAACAGAUCUCAUAAAGAGCAAGUUUUAUUAAGAUCAUCUUCAGGCUGGUAUUACUGUGCACAUGGCAUGGGGGAUGUGCCAGAAGUAUUAAGAGGUAAUGAUUUUUUUAAUCGACUUUUAAGAUCCAUCUUCUGAAGAUCUAAGGAAAGAUGAGUCCAGUUCUGCAGAGCCCCAACUCUGGACCAUAUACAAGUGUAAAAUGGGAAAGUAGUGCUCCACCAGACCCUGUGAGCGAUCCUCCAAGAUGGAAGAAGGUCCUGUAUGAACGGCAGCCUUUUCCAGACAAUUAUGUGGAUAAGAGAUUCCUGGAAGAACUGAGGAAGAACAUCUAUGUGCGGCGGUAUAGCUACUGGACUGUGGUCUUUGAAUCCGCCAUGGUCAUUCAGCAGCUGUGCAGCGUCUGUUCCUUCUCCGUUAUUUGGUGGUACAUGGACCAAGAUCUUCUCUCCCCUCAGAAGCUGUGUGGGGUUGGUUUGGCCUUCACGCUGCUUGGUUACCUUCUCUUUGAUGCCGUUGACAAAGGUGCAGGCCGGAAGGAAUGUGGUCGGACCCGCUGGGAUGACUUAAAGAGUUCUCUGGUUUUUAUAGCAUUUACAUAUGGUUUCUCUCCUGUACUGAAGACCUUGACGGAGUCAAUCAGCACAGACACCAUAUAUGCCAUGUCUGUUCUGAUGCUUAUGGGACAUCUUGUCUUCUUUGAUUAUGGAGCCAAUGCGGCAGUUGUCUCAAGCACUGUGUCAAUAAAUAUGGCGAUUUUUGCUUCCGUCUGUCUUGCUUCCCGACUUCCCCGCUCCCUCUAUGCUUUUACCAUGGUGACCUUUGCAAUCCAGAUUUUUGCCCUGUGGCCCAGUCUACAGAGAAAACUAAGGUCUUACACUCCCCGUACAUAUAUUUGUGUGACAUUUCUUUUUGCUUUGUUCUCUGUGGCUGGACUGUUGAGUAUAUCUGGAGUCGGGGCCCUUCUCUUCUUCCUGCUGCUGAUGUCAGUGGCGUUUCUAUGUCCAUACUGUUUAAUCAGGUUACAACUCUUCAAAGACAACAUUCAUGGACCUUGGGAUGAGGCAGAAAUCAAGGAAGACCUUUCUCGUUUUCUUGAUUAAUUGUUUAAAAAAAUGUAUAUUUCACAUUGUUUUUAGAUGUAUAUAUUUUAAUUUAAUGGCAAGUGAAGUGUUCAAGUCAUUGUAAGAUGGUCGGGUUUUUAUCACAAUAAAUGUCUUGCAUUUCGCUUCAUUUA